AUGGCCACUGCUGCUCAUUGCUUGACAUGCUUCGAGGUCCUCGACGCCCAUCUCGAGAAGCGCAAACCCCUUUCCCUGAGCGAGGUCGAGUCCUCGUACGCUCUCUACGUCAGCUCGGUUUCGGAGCCGCCAGCCGGAGCAGCUCCCAAGCUCCCCGCCCUCCGACGCCUGGCCGCCGACGCCGAUUCUUCCGAGUCGUCCUCCGCCGCGUCGCCUGCCUGGUCGUCCUCCACGCCUGCGACGUCCACCUGCUCCCUCCCGCUGGCCGCCUCUUCCGCCCCUCUCUUUGUCACCUGGAACACCGUCUCGGGAGACGGCGACGCGUCCCUCCGCGGGUGCAUUGGCACCUUUGAGGCCCAGCCCCUCGCCGUCGGCCUGCCCGAGUAUGCCACCAUCUCGGCCCUGCACGACUCGCGCUUCUCCCCAAUCGCCAGGGCGGAGCUGCCGAGGCUGCAGGCCGCCGUCACGCUGCUGACCGACUUUGAAGAGGUGGACGACGCGUACGACUGGGAAGUGGGCACCCACGGCAUCAGGAUCUCGUUUUUUGACCGAGGCCAGCAUUUCGGCGCCACCUAUCUUCCAGACGUGGCAGCCGAGCAAGGCUGGACCAAGGAAGAAGCCCUGCAAAGCUUGGUCAGGAAAGCUGGCUGGUCAUCCGGCCGCUCAAAGUGGAAGUCUCUGGAUUUGAAGGUGACGAGGUAUCGCGGCAGCAAGGCUACCCUCAACUAUCCCGACUUUAAGAAGUGGAAAGAUUGGGUGGCCAGCAAGCAGUGA